AUGUCUGCUAUGGAAAUGCUUAAGGCUAUGUCUAGCAAACUUGAAAAAUUCAGUGGUGAAAAUUUCUAUUGUUGGCAACAACAAAUGAAAUUUUGGCUUACUGAGUUGAGUCUGUUCUCUGUGAUUUCUGGUUCUAAAACUGGAAAACAAACAACAUCAUCAUCUAAAGAGGUUGUUGAAAUUGAUGGUACUAAAACCCCUGCUAGUACUAAAGAGGAUGCUAAUGAUGAUGCAACAGAUAAAGAUAUCUUGUGUCAUGGUCGUAUUUUGAGUGCAUUGUCUGAUAAUAUUUAUAAAAUAUUUUGUCAUACCAAAACUGCAGUUGAGUUAUGGGAAGCCCUUGAAAAGAAAUAUGGUUCAGCUGAGAAAGGGUUAAGUCGUUAUUCUUGUGAAAAAAUGAUUGAGUUUCAUAUGGUUGAUAAGAAGUCUGUGUCAGAUCAAAUCCAUGAGUUUGAAAAUAUUGUUUAUGACAUGAAACUGAAAGGAAUUGUUUUGCCUGAUGUCAUGCUUGUGACCUUCAUGAUUUCAAAAUUGCCUCCUUCUUGGUCUGAUUUUGCUAGAAGUUUGAAACAUAAGCCUGAAGGUUUUACUUUUGAUGAGUUGCUUAUCUGUCUGCGUAUUGAGGAAAAACAUCGUCUUUCUCAAAAGAAUUUGCAAGCCUCUAAUUUUCAAGCUAAAGUCCACAUGGUUGAAGGCUCUAGUAAAUCCUCUUUAAAGUCCUUUAAUAGGCAUGGGCCAAACAGAUAUAAGUCUUUCAAAAAACCAGCUUUCUCUAAAAAUAAAGACAAUGCUCCUAAUAACAACAAUAGGCAUGUGGCUAAAAUUCAAGGGAAUGAGACCUUUUGCUUUAUAUGUGGACGAGCGAAUCAUGUUGCUAAGAACUGUUUUCAACGUCGUCGUCAACCAAUGUCUACCCAUAAGCCUGAAGCCAAUGUUGUCUCUGUGGGUGCUGCCUCCAAUUCCCUAUCUGACAGGAAUCAAGUACACGAACUGUGA